AUGACUGAAGGCGUAGAAGUGGCAAUAGAACUGGCAGCUCUGGGCCGUCCUUUCCAGCUAGGGAUGUUGUAUGACUGUCGAUCCGACUCUCUGGUACCAGGGGUAACAUUAUGGAACUUAGAGACCCUGCAGAAUGACCUCAACGUACGACCUAAGCCGAAUACCGAGUUUCACAUCAUUGCAUCUGACUCUAUUGAGAAGAAAGCCAGUGCACUGAAUGUGCAUGCAUCAUUGAAAGCAAGUUUCCUGGGUGGGCUGGUAGAGGUGAAAGGAUCUGCAAAAUAUCUCAAUGAUACAAAGAGAUCGAAGCAACAGGCCAGAGUGACCCUUCAGUACCGAACAACAACCAAGUUUGUGCAACUGACAAUGAAGCAUUUAGGGCAGCAGAAUGUAACCUACCCAUACGUGUUUGAUCAGGGGACAGCAACUCAUGUGGUUACAGCAGUGUUGUACGGGGCUCAGGCUUUCUUUGUUUUUGACCAAGAGGUCUCUUCAACAGAGACCCUACAGGAUAUUCAGGGUAACAUGGAGGGGAUGAUUAAAAAAAUUCCAAAAGUUGCAGUUGAUGGUCAGGCCUCCCUAAAAAUGACAGAUGAAGAAAACACAAAUGCUCAGAAAUUCAGCUGCACCUUUUAUGGGGAUUUCUCCCUUGAAAACAAUCCCACCACAUUCCCAGAUGCCAUCAAAAUCUACACAAGCCUCCCAAAUUUACUAGGACCGGAUGGAGAACAUGCAGUGCCUAUGAGAGUCUGGCUCUAUCCACUCAAAAUUGGACCCAAAGCUGCUCAGCUGGUACGGGACAUAAGUAUCGGACUGAAGACAUUAGCCAGAGUGUUACCAUCUAUCCGAGGAGGUGGGGUGGAGGAAGAGUUACUGGUGGAUAUUCUGAAGAACAAGGAACAGUCACCAUUCAAACAUCAGUCACUGAUCAAAUGGCUGGAUGACAAGGAGCGGGAAAUGAAUGUGGUGAGAUACUACCUCAUGAUAUUGAAAGAUAUACACAUUGUGAAAUCAAGGAGUGAGUUGGAUAGAGAAGUGUUAAAUCCAGAGACAGAAUAUGUGGUCUGCUUCACAUUCACAUCACUGCAUCAAGAGGAUUUCUAUCUGUCAGGAGCAGACAGCUACCUAAAAUCUCACACAACUGAGAGAAUGCUGAUACCAAAUCCUGCUCACCAGGUUAGUGCAGAACAUCAUAACCAGCAGUGGUUUAAUUCGGUGUCUGUAUCCCAGAAGAUGAGGGAAUGCUCUCGCUUAUUCCUUGAUUUUGCCACAACCAACAGAGCACAAGGGAAAACAAAAUUCAUUGCUGCUUCUGUGCAGGAUGACAGUAAUGUAGGAGCAUCAAUUUACCUGUAUGAGAGAGGGUUUGUGGUGAGUCACUGCUUCGAACUCCCAUCACAGCCAGAGAGACCUGCAGUUAGUGGAACAACACAUGACAGUGUGACACUCCAAUUACAGCCACCGAGAUACGGUGCUGGUGAGAUUGUUGGUUACAGGGUGGAGUACCGAGCUACCCAACAGGAGAAAUGGACAACUGUGGAUACAUCAGAUAAAUCCAAUUCCCACACAAUAUCUGGGUUACAGCCACACCAGGAGUAUCAAUUCCAAUACAGAGCAGUGACCAAGGCAGGGGUCAGUGAGAGUUCCUGUGUCACCACACUUCCUACAAGUCCACCUGGUAAACCCUCAACAGUCGAGAUGUACUGGUGUGAUGCAACACUCACCUGGGACAUGCCAACUGAGAUUGGAGCUGGUGUUGAUAUAGUCCAGUACAGGAUAGAAUAUAGAGAAGGAAAACCAGUUGCCUCUAGCACAGAGAAUGGAUUAUGGGAGGAAAUAAAGACAACAGACAGUGAAUGUCAUUACACUUUAGAGGGAUUGAAACCCAAGACAUCCUACAGAGUGCGAGUGUCUGCUGACUGUGGAGAAGGAGGUUCUAGUGAACCAAGUGAUGAAGUUUUAAUAGAAACAGAAAAUGAACCAAAGAGACUAACCGGAAAACUUCGCAGAGAAAGUGUUUUAACAGUCAGCAGGAACCCUUUUAUUUACACACUCCCCUUGAAGGAAACAGUACUUGGCAAGCAUGGACAAUGUGUAAAAUACUCCUUCGGAAAGUCUAUCACAAAAUACAGUGUCAGGACAAUUCUGGUUCUUGGAGCAACGGGAGCAGGAAAAACUACUCUCAACAAUAAAAUGAUCAACUACAUCCUGGGUGUGGAAUGGAACGACAACUUCAGAUAUAAAUUAAUAGAUGAAGGGACAGGAAGAUCCCUGGCUGAAAGUCAGACAUCCUCAAUCACUACCUAUGAAAUCCACCAUCGAGAAGGAUUCCAGAUUGAUUACUCUCUCACUAUCAUUGACACUCCGGAAUUCGGAGACACUAGGGGGAUGACCCGAGGUAAAUUGAUCACUGAUCAGAUCCGAGAGCUCUUUACUUCCCCAGAUGGUGUUGAUCAGAUCGACGCCGUGUGUUUUGUUGUUCAAGCCUCUUUGGCUUGCUUGACUCAUGCCCAGAAAAACGUCUUUGAUUCAAUUCUUUCCAUUUUUGGCAAAGGUGUUGCAGAGAACAUCCGAGUACUGGUGACAUCUGCCGAUGGGCAGGUUCCCCCCAUUUUGGAGGCCAUCAAUGUUGCUGAGAUUCCAUGUCCCAAAGAUGAUAAAGGUCUUCCAGUUCACUUCAAGUUCAACAAUUUAGCCAUAUUUGAAGCGGGGAAGGAUGGUGAAGACUUUGAUGCAUUGUUGUGGAAGGCAGGAUCAAACAGUAUGAGGAAGUUCUUUGUAGCUCUGAGCAAAAUGAAAACAAAGAGCUUAAGUUUGACAGAGGAAGUCUUGAGGGAGCGUCAGCAGCUGGGGGCUGUGGUAGAGGGAUUGCAGCCUCAGAUCAAAGUGGGUCUGACGAAACUGGAGGAGAUCAGGAAGACACAACAGGCUUUGAAUCAACAUCAGGUCAAUCUGGAUGCAAAUAAAGAUUUUGAGUAUGAAGUUGAAGUCACAGCUCUGGUGCAGAUAGAAAUUGGUGGGACUGGUAAUUACAUAACUAACUGUCAGAAAUGUCAAUUCACCUGUCACUAUCCCUGUCCAGUCCCUAAGAAUGCUGAUAAAAGGGGAUGCGCAGCAAUGGACCGCAAUGGAUACUGCACAGUCUGUCCUAAUAAAUGUACCUGGUCUGUUCAUUAUAACCAAAAGUACAGAUUUGAAUAUAAAACUAGAAAGGAGAAGAGGACAUACAGAGAGCUGAAGGAAAUGUACAAGGAGGCAUCUGAUGAAACAACACAGCAGAAAAUCAUGGAGAAACUUCAGCAGGAAUUGGAUGAUGUUCAGGAUGUCGUGUUGGAGCUGAUUGAACAAUCAUCCCAGAGCAUUUUAAGACUUGAAGAAAUAGCUCUCAGACCAAACCCAUUAUCAACUCCAGCUUACAUCGACCUGUUGAUUCAAUCUGAGAAAGAGGACUCUAAACCUGGGUUUCAAGAGAGAAUUCUGUCACUGAAUCAAGUCAAGCAACAGGCUGAGAUAAUAGCAAAAGUUGCCAGGAAAGAGGAGCUGUUACUGGAGGAACAAGAACAAUAUCAAGCCGUGAUGGAAAGGAAAAGAAUUAACCCACAAAGAGGUAAAGGAAAGUUUGCUCUUGGGUUCGAUUUACUCAGUCAUUAA